AUGGCGCCCAACUCCAGCAAGUGGGACGAUGCGAUGAACGCUGCUCUCUACCAAUCCAUCUACGACGUCCUGGACCCCAAGUUCACCAAGGAGGACCAAGCCGCUAUCGUGGCGAGCAUGGCCGCCCAGGGCUACUCGGUAAACUGGAACGGCAUCCGGUAG